UUGAGAUGAUCCAAGUCUUCAGCCCUCAGUCUGCAAUUGACCCACAAUCUAAGCACGUUUUCCAGCAUUUUAAGCCAAUUUACGAAUAUAUUUACGCCGAAUUUAGGCACGAAUAAAAAGUGAGACGUUUGAACGUCCAAGAUUUCGUACGAUGAGAAUAAGAAUUCCACGGGCAACGGACAGCAUCCCAGGUUAUGCACCUUACCAGGUGCAAAUGGUGUACAGUAGCACCAAUCAACCCAACUGCGGUGCGACUAUCAUCAACGCCUUCUUCAUACUAACAGCGGCACACUGCUUGGUUCGGCGGGGUUCGUCAAAGAUGUAUCGCCACCCCUCCGAAAUUCGCAUAGUCGCUGGAAAGUAUAAGACCAGUGGGUAUGACGAAACCCAGCAAGUUCGCAAUAUACUGGAAAUUAUUGCGCACCCGUUUUACGACAAACGCUACUUGCUCAACGAUAUUGCCCUGUUAAGGGUCAGCCACCCCUUGAAGUUCAAUCGCUACGUACAGCCAAUCCCAAUGGCGAUGGACUUUCGACAAUUUACUGGUCAGGUUUCCGUCUAUGGAUUCGGCAUAACUCGAACCUUCCCUGGCGAUCUCUCCCAGUUUCCUGAGACCUCACGGGUCUCCACCCUUCAAAUUAUAAGUACUUCCGAGUGUUCCAGGCUCCACAACCCAUCAUUAGUGACGCAUCACAUGAUGUGCGCAGUGUCAAAGAAAACAGCACUUUGUCCAGGGGAUUCCGGUUCCCCCGUGGUCUGUCAGGAUGACUCGAUUCAUAUCUCGUCACUUCCUCUUGGACGACAACCCUCGCGAGAUAUUCUGUGCGGAAUCGUUUCCUGGGGUGGACCUUUAGUAGAGUGUAUGGCACAUUGGAACGGAUCAUUUCGCUCAGAACCAUGGGCCCAAGUCUUCACAAAAGUCUCGCAUUUCUCGGAUUGGGUUUCUCAUGCGAUACAGGGGAGAAAGAUUGAAUCCCAUUUUCUUUGCAAGUCUAAUCUCCAGUACGUCUACAAAUUCGAGAAGUGCAAUUCGCACGUAGACUGUGAAGAUGGGUCAGACGAGAUGGAUUGCGAAAUUCAGGACGAGUACGAAUAUGAAUAUGAGACGGUCACUGAAAACUUUCCCAAAACAACGACCCCACCCACCGAAAACAUACCCUCAACGACCACCCCGAUUACCGAAAGUUUACCAACCACGACCACCCCGACCACCGAAAACAUGCCCACAACGACCACCGAAAACUUACCGACAACAAUGACCACUCCGAUCACUGAAGCUGACCCCACAACAACGACCCCGACUGCUGAAAAUUACCCCACAACAACCACCGAAAAAGUGACUCGAGCAACGCCAAUGUAUCAGAUCAUCGAUCUAGAUGACUUUGAUCUGUCUUUUGCUAAUUGGAAAGUUUAAUUUGUGUUAAACAUUUGUAUCACGAUUCUUUAAUACUUUACCAAUAUUUAA